CAAGAAGGACAAUAACAAGAGCAAGGCACAGGCGAUUCAGGCGAUUCUCUCCUCUCCUCUCCUUGCCCGCAACGAACUCCGCCUAUCAAACCAUUUCAAUCCCAAAAUGCUCGACUCCAAAGUCUCUCUCUUCCUCGUCUUCCUCUCCGCCGUCGCGGCGGCGAAGGUUGCGGCGGAGCCGCGCUACCGCGAUUUCCGAUUCCGCGAAGCCCCCCAGUUCUACAAUUCCCCCGGCUGCCCUCCUCCCCUCUCGCUAUCGUCGGCGGAGAUAAACUGCUCCCCUUUCGCCCUCGUGCACGUCGCCAUGACCCUCGACGUCGCCUACCUCCGCGGCUCCAUGGCCGCCAUCAACUCCGUUCUUCAACAUUCCUCCUGCCCUCAGUCCAUCCACUUCCACUUCCUCGCCUCCAAAUCGAUCCCCUAUCUGAAUUCCACCAUUGCCUCCUCCUUCCCAUCUCUCCCCUUCCUCAUCCACCCCUUCGAUCCCUCUCUCGUCUCCGGCCUCAUCUCCACCUCCAUCCGCUCCGCCCUCGAUCGUCCCCUCAACUACGCCCGCACCUAUCUCCCCCAUCUCCUCCUCCCCUGCAUCACCCGCGUCGUCUACCUCGACUCCGAUCUCAUCCUCGUCGACGACAUCGCCAUCCUCGCCGCCACCCCCAUUCCUCCGCCUUCCUCCCUCGCCGCCCCGGAGUACUGCAACGCCAAUUUCACCGCCUACUUCACCCCCACAUUCUGGGCCAAUCCCUCCCUCUCCACCGCCUUCAAAGGCCGCCGUGCUUGUUAUUUCAAUACAGGGGUCAUGGUGAUGGAUCUGAAGAAAUGGAGGGAGGAGGACUACACGCAGAAGAUUGAGGAAUGGAUGGAAUUACAGAAGCGAAUGCGGAUCUACGAAUUGGGUUCCCUGCCGCCGUUUCUGCUGGUGUUCGCCGGGAGAAUUGCGGCCGUGGAUCACCGCUGGAACCAGCAUGGAUUAGGAGGAGAUAAUUUUAGAGGCUUGUGUAGGAAUCUCCAUCCAGGCCCCGCCAGUUUGCUGCAUUGGAGCGGAAAGGGGAAGCCAUGGGCGAGGAUUGAUGCCGGCCGUCCGUGCCCGAUUGAUGCCCUCUGGUCUCCGUACGAUCUUCUCCGGCCUGCUUUCUCCAUCGAAGGUGAUUCCUGAUUCAUGCCAGACGAGUAACUAUGACUACCUCUUUUUGUCACUGGAAAUCAUUCUCAUGAGGCAAGUAGGGGGACACGGAUUUUAAAUUUGCAGGGGAAUGCAAAUUCAAGCAGAGGCAAGGGGUGAAGAUGUAAAUAUUAGUUUACAGAGGGGUUUAUUUGGCUUUUUAUUCACUUUUAUCGUGUGCCAUGCCAUGUUCUUCUAUAUAAAUUCAACGUCGAGAAAACGCGUUUGUUUCAGCUUUUCUAAGUGUAAAGAAUGGAGGAGAGGGCCCAAUUUGUAACUGAUAUAUAAUUAAUAAAGAGUCGGCCAUCUGCCAGCUGGAGAUUCUAAGUCUGUUUCUUUU